AUGUUGUCGCUCGUCCCAGCGCGGAAGAGAAAGGAAGCCCAUAAUGCGAUACAGCUAUCUCGUGAUAAAGGCAAGGUUCGCGUCAUCGAGCGAUCAGCAGAAGGCUACUCCAGCGGCUCCACGAAGAACCUACAGGGGCGCAACAGCACCCCUGCUAGCCGUACCUUUACUACACUUCGUCGUGGAAGCAUCAGAAUCUUCUCAAUCUUCCGCAAUGGCAAGAGUUGCUACCCAUUUCUGCCUGGUACCUCUUGGCUUCUACUGAUAGUACCAACAGGUUCCGCUCCCAGCUCCGGCGAGGCUACCUUUGGUAGCACUGGGUCAACGGUCAACAAACUAGCAGACGUACCACGUGUCGAUAACAUCAAUUCCUACUCCAACUCUCCUCUACAAUGCCCUGUCGUUCCCGAUGUACCUAUGACUCUACCAGCUCUCUCCCUAGAUCCGGACUCUUCAUCGUUACUCCAACUCACAAACGCUGCCGUCUUCGAUGGUGAAUCAGAACCUAUACCAAGAACCCGCACUCCGCCUCCUACACCCAUGACAACAAGCUGGUCGACACCAAGUCUCUCCCAGCAACUCACCGCCAAGAUCUCCAACGCCCUAAUGAACAACGAUACGGUGGUGCGUCGACCCAAGAUGAGUUCUCGGCCAAUGGUUCGAACAGACCAUUUCAAGCAUCCAAGCGAUGACCAGCGAACUACCACCUCGCCCAAAAGCGCCAUGUCAGAGGUCCCUUCGCUUCCAUCAAGUGUCCUGAGCCCGUCCAGCAGCGUCGCACCGCUGAGCCAGUCCACUGCACCGACAUCGUUGGUCUCAUCAGGCGCGCCGCUAUCUGCUGAAACCACGUACCGAAGUCAGAACGGUCGCCAUAUAACCGACAAUCAACCUGCGCUCUAUUGUGAGGCGACCCCAGAACGUUUGCCUCCAAGAUUCCUUGUCUUUCCACGUCAAGACGCUCCGCGACUGUGUGAGCCUUCCGUUGCGACUAUUGAGAAUGCAGCAGCGGCGAAGAUCUUCUUCGAGUCCCACUUCAAUCAGCUUCUCGGUACCAAGGUUACACCACGAUCUAUGCGUCGCCGCCAAAUGGAGCGGAAGGUAUUCACCAUGGCCAUACCGAACGAGCAACGUCACUCCAAAAGGCGAGAAUAG